UAAAUUAUAUCCAUUCAUAUCAAUACUUGAAAGAUGUCUUCUGUUACUUCCUCUACCCAUCUUGAUGCUAAGUCUGACUUGCAAAGAAAUCUUGCUGAUUUUCACCCUAACGUUUGGGGAGAAUAUUUCCUUCAAUAUGCUUCUGAAUCUAUUGAAUUUGAUCAGAAUAUUGGAGCACAGAUUGAAACAUUGAAAGAUGAAGUGAGGAAGAUGCUUCUCUCAAAAAUCGAAAAUCAAUUGCUAAAAGUUAAUUUGAUUGAUUCAAUAUGUCGUUUGGGUGUGAGCUAUCAUUUUGAACAUGAGAUUGACGAAGUUUUGCAACAUAUUCAUAAGACUUGUGUUGAAAAUGAAGAAAUAAUUCUUGAAGACAAUCUCCACUCUAUUGCUGUGCUAUUUAGGGUCUUGAGGCAACAAGGAUUUCGUGUUUCCUCAAAUGUGUUCACCAAGUUCAAGGACGAGCAAGGAAAUUUUAGGGAAAAUCUUGUCACUGAUGUUGAAGGGAUGUUAAGUUUGUAUGAAGCAUCACAUAUGAUGAUUCAUGGAGAAGACAUCUUAGAAGGAGCAAUGACUUUCACUUCCACCAACUUAGAAUUCAUUGCUACCCAAUUAAACCCUUCUCUUGCUGCACAAGUCAAAUAUACUUUAAAGCAGGCUCUUCACAAGAACUUGCCCAGGCUAGAGGCACGACGCUACAUUAAUAUCUAUGAACAAAAUCCAUUGCAUAGUGAAAUUUUACUCACUUUGGCAAAACUCGAUUUUAAUAUGCUUCAAACCUUACAUCAAAAAGAAUUUGGUAAUAUUUGCAUGUGGUGGAUUGGAAUGGAUGUUCCUAGAAAAUUCUCUUUUGCACGAGAUAGGAUUGUGGAAUGCUGCUUUUGGAUUUUAACAGUAUAUUAUGAACCCCAAUUUUCUCAAGCAAGGAAAAUAAUGACGAAAUUAAUUGCCAUGUUAUCGAUAAUCGAUGAUACUUUUGAUGCAUACGGAACCAUUGAUGAACUAGAACUUUUUGCCAAGACAAUUGAGAGGUUUUUCAGGUGGGAUGUGAAGAACUUGGAUGAUCUUCCAGAAUAUAUGAAAUUAAUUUAUAAAAUGGUCUUGAAGAAUUUGGAAGAAAUAGAACAAGAUAUGACUAAAGAAGGGAGACUCUUUACCCUUAAAUACUACAUAAAAGAAUUCCAAAUGACAGUCGAUGCAUUUAUGACUGAAGCAAGAUGGUUCAACAAUAAUUAUGUACCAACAAUAGAAGAGUAUUUGAACAUUUCAAAAAUAUCAAGCGCUCAAUCAUUAUUGAUAACAUGUUCUUACAUUGGCAUGGGAGACAUAGCUACAGAAAACAUUUUCAAAUGGGUAUCAGAUAAACCAAAAAUGGUGAAUGCGGUUGCUACUCUUUGUAGGCUAAUGGAUGAAAUUGUAUCUAGUGAGUUUGAACAUAAAAGAGGACACGUUUGUUCAUUGUUGGAUUGCAUUAUGAAGCAAAAUGAGAUGUCUAGGGAAGCUGCUAUUGAAGAAUGUAGAGAGAGAAUUGUAAAUACUUGGAAAGAUAUAAAUGAGGAAUGUCUUAAGCCAACUGAAGUUCCAAUGCCUUUUUUGACUCGUGCUAUCAACCUUUCACGUUUUAUGGAUGUUUUUUACAAAGAUAAAGAUAACUACACACAUUCAGAAGGAUCGAUGAAGUCAUACAUCAAACUUGUGCUUGUGGAUCCAAUUCCAAUUUGAGCUUUAAUGUUUUAGUCUUAUUGUCUUUAAGUUUGAAUAAAAAAACAUGCAUGCAUGUGUACCUAUAUGUUAUGUGCGGUAUUUUUCCUUUUGUUUUUUUGUUUGUUUUUAAUAGUGGAAGUUGAUCCAUUUACCUGACCCUGUUUAGUGGGAUAAAAGUUGCUUGCUUUCGUUGUUGUUGUUAUUGUUAAUGUGAUAUUUCUUUUGUUGAAAUAAAAAUCAUGUGUUAUCGUC